GGAAUCUCAAUUCUCAACCCUGCAAAUUUCCCAUUAAAGGAAUCUCCCCCUCUUUCCAUUCUACCAUCGCUGAAUUUCCUCUCAAUUUCUCAACACUGAAACCCUCCCAUGCUCCAUUCUCGGCUACAGAGAUGAUAGUCGUGAUCAGCAGCCGAUGCUCCCACACUUCACACAUCACCGAGAUCAUCAUAACCAGCUUCUUCCGCCAUAAACUCGACUAUAUUUUACUCAUUUAGUUGCUCAUCCAAUUUUACCAAUCCCUAACUCUACUGAUUUGACUGUGAAGAUACCGGAUAAUAUGGCAGGUUCCGCGGCGGAUGCUCCGAUUAAACCGAAGAAACGCAACUUUGAUCGGUCUCUUCAUUCAAUUGCUGCAGAAUCUUCUCUUGGCUCGGAUACAAUGCUCAACUUCGGAGCUGUUGAUGGUGCAAAGAGAUCCAGAAACAUGGUUUACUCACCUUUUGAUCAAGAAGAGUUUGGAGAGGAUUACUUGGAUGAGUAUUUUAAUCAGCAAGAAAAGAAGAGGCGCCUUACUGUCGACCAAGUCCAGUUUCUCGAGAGGAGUUUUGAGGCAGACAAUAAACUUGAGCCGGACAGGAAGAUUCAGCUUGCUAAAGAGCUGGGGUUGCAGCCUCGACAGAUUGCUGUGUGGUUCCAAAAUCGCAGGGCGCGAUGGAAGACAAAGCAGCUAGAAACAGAUUAUGAAACAUUUCAUGCAAGAUACACGACCCUGAAAACCGACUAUGAUAAUCUUUUGAAGGAGAACGAUAAAUUAAAGGCAGAGGUUCUUCGCCUCAAACAAAACGACCUUGGUGGAGAUGCAAUGAAAGUAAACUUACAAUUACUCGACUGCAAAGGGCUCCCUGAAGUGAUGAUGCCUACAGAAGCCAAUGUGCGCAAGAUUUCUGACGAUGAAGAGUCCAAUGUGGCAGCCUUGGGUUUCAAGAAUGAACAACAGAGCUCAUCGAAGAGUGAAGUGAGUAAUGCGGGCAGUCCGAGGUUGACUGAUGGGAUUAACUCUCCUCUGUUAGAAUCUGGUGUUUCGUCUCAUGCCUUUGAUCGCGACUACUCAGAUUCAUCACAGAUUGGAGAAGACAACUUACAUGAAGAGCCUGAUUAUGUCUUUCCUCUGAAUUCCUUUUACUAUGAAUUUCCCGUUGAAGAUCGUGCCUUCAACUUCUGGUGAAUAUUGAUCAUCGUGGGUAACGUUUUUCACUACAAUUACUUGUUUUUCAUUUCAAUCGUUUUACUAUAUUUGCAAUUUGCAAAACUAUGUUUAUAGUCUCCUUGUGAGCUCAACUGUUUUGAGCUAGUCUUAAAUUAUAAUGCAAUAAAAUAAGGAGAUGUAUUGUAAAUCAGACAGUUGCACCGUUGCAACAUCUUUGUUACUCCACUUUAUUUCAUGAGAUUUUAUUUUCUCA